GUAUUGAUUGUGUCACUAAAAUUAUUUAUUGAUAAGAAAAUCAAUUUCGCUUAAUUAUUGUUUAUACUCAACCUCAAAUCAACUUUGUGACGUUUUAUUAACUUAACCUAUAUUAUUUAAGUAAGCCAAUAAAUUAAUUUAAUUAAAAAUUAACUUAGAAAGGAGACAUAACCUCAAUCUUGUCUAAACAUAACCUAAAAUGCCAAAAUAUUAUUGUGAUUAUUGCGAUACAUAUCUCACUCAUGACUCCCCAAGCGUACGAAAAACUCAUUGUACUGGUAGGAAACAUAAAGAUAAUGUUAAAUUUUAUUACCAAAAAUGGAUGGAGGAGCAAGCUCAGCACUUAAUCGAUGCUACAACAGCUGCUUUUAAAGCUGGGAAAAUCGCUAAUAAUCCGUUUGCGCCCCCUGGAAAGGGGGUUGCUAUUCCACCCCCGGCUCAAUUAACCAUGGGACAAAGACCAAGUGGGCCUGGAGCACCCGGAAUGAUGCCACCAGGAAUGACUCCUGGUGGACCAAUGCCCCCGAUGAUGAUGGGUCCCCACGGUCCGAUGCCUCCUAUGAUGGGAAUGAGACCGCCGAUGAUGGGAAUGAUGCCGAUGGGACCUAUGGGGCCUAUGGGACCAGUUCGACCUCCUAUUGUUAAUCCUUAAAUUUAAAAAUAAAUUUUCUAAUUGUAUUAAAAACUAAUUUAAUGAAAUAAAUUUUUAUUGAAACAA